AUGGGUAAUAAUAAUUCUACAACAUCAUCAAAUAGUGGUGGUGGUAGUAAUAGUAAAAAUGAUGAAGAUGAAUCAACUAAAAAAAAGAGAGAAUUAAUAUUAGAAGAAAUUAUACAAACUGAGAAAUCUUAUGUAACUUAUUUAUCAGCGAUUCAAGAGGUUUAUAUUGACCCAUUAAGAAAUCAACAUAAGUCAUUAAUAAAAGAAGAACAUAUUAAAUCAAUUUUCUUAACUGAAGAUUUAUUAAAAUUUCAUGUUGAAUUCUUUACAGAGUUAGCCAUUUGUUAUAACUCUUUCAGUUGGUCAAAUGAUAUCUUACCUCCCAAUUCUCUAACUAAAACAACAGUAACUACAACCAAUCAAAAUAGAUUAUCAACAGUUACCACCACUACAACCACUUUCUCAUCACCAAAUUCAAAACCUCAAAAAUUAAAAGAAAUCACCUCAUUGGAAUCAACUGUUGCAAUUACAAAUAUUUUUAAUAAAAAUCAAGAAAAUUUUAAAAUGUAUAGUAAUUAUAUUAUUGGAUAUGAUGCAUCAGUGACAUUAUUAGCGAGAUUAAGAAAGAAAAAAGAUUUUUCAAAUUUUUUAGAAAAAUGUAGAAAUGAUAGUAGAUGUAAUGGACUUGAUUUGAAUUCAAUAUUGAUUAUGCCAGUUCAACGUUUACCACGUUAUGUUUUAUUAUUGAGUGAAUUAAUUAAACAGACACCUCCAAAUCAUGCAAAUGUAAAAUUAUUAAAUAAAUGUUUAAAAGGUAUUAAAGAAGUUACUUCUUUCAUUAAUGAAGCAAAAAGAGAUGAUGAUAAUCAAAUUAAAACUCAACAACUUCAAGAAACAAUAAUUGAUAAAGUUAAUAUUCAUGAAAAUGGUAGAAAAUAUAUUUUAGAUGGUGAAUUUUUUAUACAUUCAAUUUAUCCAUUAAAAGAAGAGGAUUCAUUAUUAAAGAGAUUAAAGAAAUAUAGAUCAGGUGGUAAAUCAUCAAGUGAUGAAUUGACUGAACAAUGGGUAUUUCCAGAUGAAUUUAAAGUUUCAAAAGAGACAAUAUUCUAUUCGUUUAAUGAUUGUUUAGUGUUAUUACAAAAGGCUCAAAAAUCAAUACUAAGUGGUUUGAAAUCAAAUAAUAGAAUUUGGAAUAUCAUUGAUGUUUCAUUAUCAAGUAAAAUUAGAGUUAUUGACGUUUUAGAUAUUUUCAAUCUAACAAAUUCAAUAUUACUAUUUAUGGAGAAAUCAAUUUAUUUCGUUCAAUUAAAAAAUAUUGAUAAAGAGAAAUUUAUUAAAACUUUAUUAAUGACAAAAGCAACUUCUGAUUGGAAAGAUUUAGAUAAUAAUGAAAAUAAUAAUAACAAUAAUAACAACAUAGUAGCAGAUGAUUUACCAAGUGUAUUAUCAUUAAGACCUGCUAUUGAAAGCAGCAGCAGUGGUAGUAAAGGAUUCUUUUCAAAUUUAACUUCUUCAUCUUCAACUUCUUUAUCAACUUCAACAACUUCUGCUUCUUCACAAAAUCAUAAAAAAUCACAAAGUACAACAACAACAUCAACUAAAAAUAAUAGUAAAAUUACAAAUAAAUCAUCUCCAAGUCAAUCAAAUCCACCACCUCCUAGAAAAAGUACAAUAUUUGCUUCUUCAGAAAAGAAAAGUUAA